AUGGUGGAGAAGCGUCGGAGUCCGGUGGGCGACUCGCCGCCCGAGGCCCAGCGCCGCAAGAAGCUCAACACGCGGACCGACGCCGAUGUGGAGCCCAUGGACGUAGACACUCCGGACGCAGCGCUGCCAACGCUAGUUUUUCGCGAAACGUUUCCUGUUCUAGGGCUGGGCAACGAGCGUGUCGUGACGCCCUCUCAAAAAGACGCUCAGGGCGCUUCCUGGCGCGUUAUUUGGCAGCCCAGAAGCCUCACCGACGACUCUUUCGUCGGCGUGUUCGUGGAGCUCGUCGAACAAGACUCAGGAGCCGUCAGAGUGGCAGAACUGAGUAUCACACUGUUGAAUCAAGGUGCACAGCCUGCGCUUGUGAAACACACGAGCGUGCACGAGUUUACCGCGGAAAACGCCGACUUUGGCAUGAGUCAGUUCGUUCAGAGGAGUGAAUUGAUGAACCCGAGCAAUCAAUUCCUGGACAAACAAGGCCGCGUGGAACUCGAGCUGCGUCUGAGCUUCGUAGGCGACUCUACCCAGCAAUUGAUAUCCUACGACUCCAAGGAGGAGACUGGGAUGGUAGGACUGAAGAACCAGGGAGCCACGUGUUACCUGAACUCGCUACUACAGACGCUCUUCCACUUGCGAGCCUUCCGACAGGUCGUGUACGCCACACCAACCGCCCAGGAAGACACGAACGACUCGGUGUCGCUGGCGUUACAGCGCGUGUUUUACAGGCUACAGAGACAGCAGAAGGCCGUGUCUACCAAGGAGUUAACGCGCUCUUUUGGCUGGAGCGCGAUCGACUCGUUCAUGCAGCAUGACGUGCAGGAAUUGUACCGGAUUCUGUGCGAUCGAUUGGAGGAAAAGAUGAAGAACACGCCCGUGGACUCUGCGAUCCAGAAGCUGUUCGAGGGCAAAGUCAGGUCUUUCGUCGAGUGUGUGAACGUACAGUUCCAGUCGAGUAGAGAGGAGCGGUUCUACGACUUGCAGCUGGAUGUGAAAGGCUGCAAGAACUUAAUGCAGUCGUUCCGCAGAUAUGUCGAGGUGGAAAUGCUGGAUGGAGACAACCAGUACGAAGCCGAAGGACACGGCAAGCAGGACGCGAAGAAAGGCAUCGAGUUCUUAACAUUCCCGCCGGUUCUUAACAUCCAGUUAAAACGCUUCGAAUACGACGCCAUGCGCGACGGGAUGGUUAAGGUGCACGACCGCUUCGAGUUCCCAAAGACGCUGGUAUUGGAUGAAUUUAUCUCGAAGGACAAGACGAAGACCGACGCGCAGUCUCCAAGCUUUAUUUAUCAUCUGCAUAGUGUGUUAGUGCACAGCGGCGACGUGCAUGGCGGUCAUUACUACGUAUUUAUUCGACCGGGCAAGCACAUCGCGGCUAGUACCGACUGGUUCCGCUUCGACGACGACCAGAUCACGCGCGUGGACGAACAAGUGGCGGUCGAGGGCAAUUUUGGCUCUGGAGGAGCGGUUGUGACGCCACCGCACGGCUCUACAGAGCCCCCGUCGCCUCUGUAUUCGUCGUCACUCUUUUGCUCACCAGAGCGCAGUAACGGAGCGAAUACCGAGGCGAACGGAGUGGACGGACUCGAGUUCCGAUCGGUGGAUACAGGCGAGAAUACAGUCGAAGAGACGUACGAUUACAGCCAGAAUAACGGUAGUGGCAGUCUCAUUUUAAACGCGUCGUCAAACAGUCUGAUGCUGCCACUUGGUAGGAGUUUUUCCAGCGCGUAUAUGCUGGUAUACGUGCGUGACGGCGAGAACGACGUCAGUGCGAUUCAAGACGCAACAAGUGACGAAGAACAGUAUGAGCUCCCGAGCUGGCAAAGUGACCCGCUCCCGAUCCCGCAAGAGCUUGUGACUCGCUUCCACGAAGAGGAACAGGCAGUUGCUAGACGCAAGAAGGCGCAACAGACCGAGCAUCUGUACAUGAAUCUCCGUAUCGCGUCGGACUCGAGUAUCGCCAAGCUCAAGCGGGUCACAAAGACGCUGGACUUCUCAGGGUUCAAUAACUCGACCACGGUGCGUGUCCGUAUCAAGCGUGCCGCGUCCAUCCGACAACUGUACCGUCGUGUGUAUAAGGAGACGGGUGUACCCAUGUCAAGACAACGACUGUGGAAAGUUAUCACGCGCGAGAACCGCACGACACGGCCGGAUCUGCCACUUGGUCCGGACGUCUAUGAGUCUUGUGUGGACUCGUUAAUUGAGGACGACGCCUCACCUAAGACUCCUGUUAAAAUGUAUCUCCAAAUCCUGGACGCGACGUCUGAAGCUGCACUUUCCCCGGCGUCGCCGUCGUCGCCAUCGAUCCACGACGUACGAGACAAGAAGACCAGGACAGCAGCUAUCCACCGGCAUUUCCUGGACGAAUUCUCGCCUCCAGAGACGAAAGACGAGGCCAAACCGAGUCAAGAACUGGACGAGGACGACGCUGUUUUGCAUGAGUCUACUGACAGCGUCGUAGAGCAUGCUCCGCCACUGCAAAGUCACGAUAUUUUACUGAUUAUCAAGUUCUACGACCUCAAGAAGAAACUCGGCGAAAGACUGGAAUACGUGGGCAAUGUCGUGGUGGAUUCGCGGUUAACUGGCGCCCAACUGGCCGACUAUCUGCAUGAGGCACUGGCGAUCCCCUCAUCUAGACGAAUUCUGUUAUUUGAGGAAGUUCAGCCCGUCACGGUGUCGACGAUUUGCUUGGAGACGCCACUCGCCACUGCUGAGAUCCAGAACGGAGACAUCAUUUGCUUCCAGUAUGCAGAAGACGAGGAACCGGUGGACGAUAUCGUGCUCAAGCCGGAUCCGGAAGACAAUCCGGACGCCGUGGAGACGUACAUUGGUCCAGACGGACAGGAAAGACGGUCGUAUCCGGACGUCCGAUCCUACUUCCGGUACCUGUUAGACCGCGUGGAAGUGACGUUUUAUCGCUAUGGACACUCGGACGAAUUCUUCACUCUCCAAUUACUACUCAGCAAUUUGUACAUUGAGGUGAUCGACGCAGUGGCAGCGCAUCUCGAUCUCAUUGGUCCAAAAAGACUGUUUGUGCGACUGUACCAGCACUCGCCACUCAAUAAUUUGCCCAUGAAGGCGCCACUGCGUCACUCCCGCUAUGCUGCGGAUGAUCAAACGACACUGGACGAUUUACUCACUGAGUAUAUGGAGCGUACCAACAUCUUGCACUACGAACUACUGGAGCAUCCGAUCACGGAGAUUGAAGCCAAGAAGGAACUUCUGGUGCAUUUGAGUAUCUACGACGCCUGCUUUGCUACGGAACAGGCUGCGUCGCCGUCUCCUGUUGCGCCGCAUCGCAGUGUUGAAGUGCUCGUGCUGCCUACUCACAAAGUUUGUGACCUGCUAAAACUUAUAAGAGGCGGAUUCGGACUACCGAAGGACACGCCUCUACGUGCGUGCGAGGUAGUACAACAUGGAACGAUGAUCCGGCGCGUGAUUAAGGAGGACGCAGAGCUGAAGCGAUACUGGGGAACUGGCCACGGAGCGGAUGCCAAUACACCCGAGAUUUUGGUAGAACAGAUCCCCAUCGACGAGUUGAGUGAUGAAAUCUCUGAAACUUUAUCGAAGGACAACAUGUCGGAUGACGAGCGGCCGUUGUGGUUCUACCGAGGCGUGGUGCAUUUCAACUUCCAGAACAACGCGAACAAGUGGAUCCAUCCGCACGGCGUGCCCUGCAUCGUGCGCUUCAGUGAGCAAGAGACUGUCGGUGAAGUCAAGGAGCGCAUCCGGCAACGAAUGGGCAUCGCUUCGGAUGUUUUCGCGCAAUGGAAGUUCGCGUUGGUGAAAGAUCUCAAGGCGUCGACGUUGCAGGCCGUGUACGACGAUAUGGAGGCAGAGGCGUUAGAUGCGUUCCCCAUGUCGAGGCUCACAGAGCUCUGUGGCGCGGACUUUGAGAAUCUAGGCAACUUGGGACUGGAGCACGCAGACCCGACGCCACCGCCGCGUCACCACAGCAACAGAAGGCAGGAAACAGGGAUCCACAUCCGCCAGAGUUGA